AUGUCAACAAAGGCUGUUCUACUGGUCGGUGGAGCACAAAAAGGUAGGUUGAUUUUGAAAUAAUUCUUAUUGUAAUAUCGAUUCACUUUAAAUUCUUUAAAAGUUAAAGUUCUUGUUUUAUGAUUGCAAAAAAGUGACAGCACUGACUGCCUGGUUGGUGAUACUUAAGGAUACAGUAGUUUUUCAAAUUCUUGAAUGAAAAUUUUAAUUUAGAGUUAGAUUGGUAAUUAUCUUGUUUAUAUUGCCACAAAAUAUGAAGAUUUUACAGUAAGAACUACGGCAGUUAUGAAUUAUUUUAAAAAUUCAGCCGGCUUUGAAUCCGCUUGGGUGCAAAUGAAAAAAAAAUGAUGUUGUAAAGAAAGUUCUUGUUUUUUCAAAGUCUUUAGUUCUGUUUUAGAUUUGUGAAAGGAUUUUUUAUAUUCCGACGAAGUUUCAAAAAAAAUACAGUAAGAACUACAGUAGUUAUGAAGCUUCAAAGUCGUUUGGGUCCGCGUCCGCUUGGGUGGAGACGAAAAAAAUUAGGCUGUAAUGAAAGUUCUUGCAUGUUAUUUAGAAUGUUGUUUUAAGGGGUGUAUUCGGAAAGUUCUUGGCUGUUUUGUCGCAAAAUUUUAAAAAUUUAGAGUAGGAAUUACAAUAGUUAUGAAUUGAAAAAGUCAACAAAGUUCGAACCCACUUGGGUGUGGGAUCGGAAAAGAUAUGAGAUUGUAAAGAAAGUUCUUGAACAUUUUCGAAAUUAUUGAUAACAUUUUUUAACUUUAUAUUGUCUUAGGUUGAUUUUGUGGCAUUUAAAAAAACAUUAUAGUAAGAACUACAUUAGUUAUGGUUAAAAAAUGUCAGUUGGGUACACGUUGAUUUAAACAAAUUUAAAAAAUCUACAAAAUGCCAUUUUCAUUGGAAGUAAAAUUGUUUUGUAAACAUCCUUGUUUGACGAAUACUUGUUUUAUGUUCUGUAGCACUAUAUAUUUCUUUGAAAUUGGAUGACAAAUCAGUUAUUACAACGUUUUGAUUUUAUUGUGGUCGGAUGUUUUAAAGUAAGGCAAUUGAUAAUGACCGUUCGAUUUUAGAUAAUAUAGAUAAACAAUCUGUGGUUAAUAUUGUCUGCUUCCGGGAUAUAUGUUAGGGGUUGGUGAGGGUAGGGUCAAGUUAGGAUAGAAUAGGGUAAGGUAGAAUAGAAUAAGGUAGGGUAAGGUAGGGUAGGGUUUUUGUAGGGUAGGGUGAGAAAGGGUAGUUUAGGGCAAGGCAUUGGUAGGGUAAGGUAAGGCAGGAGAAGUGAUGUAAGGGCAAGAACAGAGAAGGUAAGCUAAGGUAGACCAGGACAGGGUAGUGUAGGGUAUGGUAGGGUAGGACAGCAAAGUUGUAAGGUAGUAGAGUGGGGUAGAUCAUGACAAUUUAAAGUUAGGUCGAGUAGGGCACGGUAGGGUAUGGUAGGGUAAGGUAGAGUAGGGUAGUGUAGGGUAGGGGAAGGUAGAGUAGAAUAGAGCAUGAAAAUUUACAGUAAGAUAGGGUAGUUUAAAAUUAGUUCUUGUUUUGUAAAGGAAGUUCCUUCUACUUUUCAAAUCCAGGAUCAAAGAGUGUUGAAACCCGUGGUAGUGACCUCCUUUUAUCCAUUUCUUUUUUGAAUCCGUAGAAUCGAAAAGCUUCUUUCGACGUCGCCAAAAACCUCUGCUGUUUUCUCGUCGAACGGGGGGAUUUUACUUUCAAAUCGCUUUUUUUUUGUUGAAUAUUUUAUUGUAAUAUACAGAAGAUAUUACAGUGUUAUUAUUCUAAAAAGUUUGGGGUUUAGGCUUAGACUUGUAGGGUGACACUUUUUAGGUUUUUAGGCUUAGGUCUUUGUUUUUUGUAUUAAGCUUAGUGAGCUCGGCCUUAUUCGUAGUAGGGUUAGGUUUGGCAGACUUAGGCUUUCGGGUUUAUUUAGGCUUAGGCUUAUGCUUUUAGUACUGGGCGUUUAGGCUUUGGUUUAUUAGUCUUACGCUUCUAGGCUUAGGCUUAGUAGGCUUACGCUUAGUAGGCUAAGGUUUAAUCUUAGUAGGAUUAGGCUUAGUUGGCUUAGGCUUAGUAGGCUUAGGCUCAGUUGGCUUAGGCUUAGUAGGCUCAGGCUCAAUUGGCUUAGACUUAGGUUUAAUCUUAGUAGAAUUAGGCUUCUUGGCUUACGCACUAGGCUUAAGCUUGUGAGGUUAGGUUUUUAGGCUUAGGCUUCUAAGCUUAGGCUUAGUAGGCUUACAAGGGAAUGUUACAAACUGUCCAUUCGUUUUUUAAAAAUGAAUGGUACUAUGUGAAAGAGCGUAAAAAGUUGACUAGAAAUCAAUUUUCAAAAACUGCCAAAUUCGCCUUACAAGCCCGCUGGCGAGCUUUUUAAAUUUUCCUUAUUAAAAUGGUUUUUUUACGUCCGCUUUCUUUUGAAUACUUUCGAAAAGUGGAAUCAAGUGUGCUCGAUUGGCCAAGUGGUCAAAGGCGCAGUGAUUGCGCAAUCAUGCGUGUCCGGUUCGAUUCUCUUUUUGGGGUAGUAACUUUCAUUUUUUUAAAUUUAAAUUGAAGUUAAUUUGCAUUAACAAAAAAAAGUUUUUUUUGUUAAUAAUUGUUCCUUAUAUCUAUUAAAACAUAAAACAUCAAAAAACUAAAGUUUUCAAAAGUAUAAAAAUCGAAAAGAAGGCAUAAUAACGUAAAAGGUCUAUUUACUAAUGAUUUUAAAAUCUCGCUAGCGGGCUUGUAAGGCGAAUUUGGCAGUUUUUGAAAAUUGAUUUCUAGUCAACUUUUUACGCUCUUUCACAUAGUACCAUUCAUUUUUAAAAAACGAAUGGACAGUUUGUAAAAUUCCCUUGUUAGGCUAAGUUGGCUUAGGCUUAGUUGGCUUAGGCUUAUUUUUUUGUGCGUGUUCUUGAGAUAGGAUAGAGGUUACGUUAGGUAAAAGACGGGUUUUUUAUAUGUGUAUACGACGUAAAACAUACGAAACAUGGUUAAAAGGGGUUGUACGUGGGAAUAUUCAAAUUUUUUGGGAAGGCGCGGGCUGUAGGAGGGUAGGGUGGCUUUUUUAACCUGUUUAGUAAAUGACAUAUACUGUGCGAUAGCUGGAUCGGAAAACCGUGUUUUUUACUGUCAAAUUAUCUUACUUUGCUAUCUUAAGGAUGAUGUUCGUAGCCGGAGGGGCUUUGUUCUCAAUCUACGCUUUCUUCCUCUUAUUACCUAUCUUCAUCUUGGCAUAUGUUGUUCAGUCAUGCCCACUGAGGUUAUAAUACUGUACUGGCAUAAUAUUACAUUACUGUAAUAUUUGUUUUUACUACUGUAACUUGAAAGGCAACUACUGUAACAGUUAUUUUUACUACUGUAACUGCAAGUAUACUUACUGUAAAAGUAGUUUUUAUUACAGUAACUUCAAGUACACCCACUGUAACAUUUGUAUUUACUACUGUAACAUCAAUAACACCUACUGUAGCUACGGUAACAAAAUUGGUCGAUAAUGUGAAAAUAGUUGUGUCAGAAUAUGCUAUUGUAAAAUACGCGUAGUACUGUAUAACUUUUAGAUAUGUUAAAUAGCUGUAAAUAAACUGUAUUUGUUACCUAAAUGUGAAGUUUUUCUUUGAAAAUAUAGCUUGGAAACAAAGUUUUUUCAAAAAAAAUUAAAAAUGUAAAUUGGAAAUAAAAUUAAAAAAUAAAAAAAAUUUAUAAAGGUACAUCAAAUUUAAAACGGCAUAUUAAUGUAGGUAAUGUCAUAAAAUUAAAAAAUUUAAAAAAUUGAAAAAUUCGGUUUAGGAACAAGAUUUCGACCGCUUUCAUUAGGCCUUCCAAAACCGUUGUUUCCAAUUGCUGGAAUGCCAUUAAUCGAACAUCACAUUGGACAGUUGUGCGAGGUAAGCCAACUUUUGAAAGUUUUAAAAUUUAUGACAAAACUUAUUAUACUUUGAUAAAAAAUUAUGAUUUUUAAGGCUUUUAUGAUCUAAAAUUUGUAUUUUCAACUAAUUUUAAAAUUUUGUACGUAAAUAAAGCCAUUUAAAAGAAUAGCAAGCCGCGCCCAACGAUCCGCAGGCUGCAGCUUCAAUUUUUAGAUUUUCAUUAAAAAUCAUGAAUGUAUAGGUGUAAAAAUUGAAAAGUGUUGAUAAAAAUGAAAAUUUUUUUAAAAUUGUAAGUAUUAUUUUUAAAAAUUUUAAAAUUCAAACUUUCAGUGCAAAGAACUGUCAGAAAUCCUCCUACUAGGCUUUUACCCAGCCGAAGAGUUCACACUGUUCGUGGAAGGCGCCAAAACGAAGUACGGUGUACCAAUCGAAUACGUAGAAGAAGCUGGUCCUUCUGGUACAGCUGGAGGCCUGUUAAAGUACAAAGAGCGCAUUUUACGACCGGUAAAAGGAAAAGAAACCGACUUUGUCUUUGUUCUAAACGCCGAUAUUUGCGGCGAUUUGCCUGUGACUGGUGAGUUUGCCAUUGUUUUUUGGACGGAAAACGAAAUUUUUUGAAAUUUUUGUUUUUACAGGAUUGUUAGGCAGGGUUUUUUGAGUAAAAUGAGGUGUAUAUGGUAAUCAUGUUGUUUAGGGAGAAAGAGAUAUGUUAGCUUGAAGUAGGUAUAGUAUCAAAAAAUUUGAAAAAGUAGGGACUGACUUUUAUGUUUUGUGUCAUAACUUUUUUUAAAACGAAGAUAGAAACUUUAAAUUGGUUUUAAAUUUUAGGUAACAUUAUGUGUUAACUAAUCACUAAAACAAAUUUUUGAUUUUUUUUUGUUUUUAAAAAAGUUACAGUACGUUGAAUGUCGAAAAGACGAAAAAUUUCUAAAAAAAAUGAACUGGGGGUUGAUAAAAUUACCGUAUUUUUUAAAGUAGGUGAAAAUUAAAAAUUAUGUUAAAUGGGUUAGAUGUCAAUAUUAAUGGGCUAUAAUGUUGAAACGUUUCAAGUUUAUACAUAUUUUUAUGAAAAAGUUAUUAAAAAAUCUGAUUUUGAUGGUUUUUUGCCUAUUUUUUGUGAUUUUUUGGACAAAACUUCUAAAUAUCUUAACAUUUUAUCAAAUUUAUGACAUUUGAAUUGACAGUAUUGUAGAUCAGACUUUUGUGAUCAAAAUGAGCCAAAAUUUCCAAUUUUUCAACUUGCACUUUUAGAUUUAUUGGCCGAAAUCAAGCGUCAACCAUCGGCCGAAGCGGUCCUCCUAACCACCGAAGCCACUCGCGACCAGUCGACUAACUUUGGCUCAGUUGUGGUCGAUCGAAAAACAAAACAAGUGUUGCAUUAUGUUGAGAAACCAUCGACCUUUGUGUCAAUCAUAAUAUCCUGCGGAAUUUUCGUUUUGAGACCCGAAUUUUGGACGAAUCAGUUGGAGAAGGUGCAGUUGGAAGGAAAUGGCAUUUUAUGGUACGAGACUGACGUUUUCCCGCAAAUGGCUUCAGAAGGCAAACUUUAUGCGUUGUUUACGACUAGAUGGUGGUCACAGACGAAGACUCCGGCGUAGGUUUAUAUUUUUUUAGUUUUUUUUGUUUUUAGGUAACAAAAAUAUGUUUCAUGUCCAAUAUGGCAUUUUAAUGACAAGUAUGACAUUUUUAUGACAAUUAUGACAUUUUACAACCAAAUGUACCAUUUCAGAGGAGCUCUAUACGCCAAUGGCCAUUACCUACGUCUCUAUCGUGACAAAUGCCCAGAACGUCUCACAUUGUCUUCACCACACAUUAUUGGUGAUGUUUACAUUGAUCCUACUGCUGUGGUUGAUCCAACGGCCAAAAUUGGCCCAAAUGUCUCAAUUGGAGCCGGGGCCGUGAUUGGAGCCGGCGUUCGGAUACGAGAGUCGAUUAUCUUACCUGAUUGUGUCCUAGAAGAACAUUGCUGCGUACUGAAUGCUGUUGUUGGAUGGAGAAGUAUUUUAGGUAACAGUUCAAACUGUUUUAGAGUUUUUUGGGUUUAUGUUUAACGUAAAAUGGCAGUUUUUAUGUAAAAACGCUGAAUUGAUUUGGUCCAGGUUCGAACCCGUUUGGAUGCGAAUGAAAAAAAGAGGCUGUAAAGAAAGUUUUUGCGAUUUUUUAGAAAAUUUGGUACUAUAUUUAAAUGUGGCAUAGUAUUGGCAAAGUUUUAAAAAAUUACAGUGAGAACUACAGUAGUUAUAAAUAAAAAAAAGUCGGCCAGGUUCGAAUCCGUUUGGGUGCAAAUGUUAAAGACGUGUCUGUAAAUAAAGUUUUUCGUUUUAAAAAAUUUAAAUUGAUAACGUAUACAUGAUAUCACUUGUGUUUUGGCAAAUUUUUGGAAAAUUACAGUAAGAACUACUGUAGUUAUAACAAAAAAAGCUUCGGCCAGGUUCGAAUCCGCUUAGGUGCAAAUGACAAAGAUCCCUCUGUCAAUAAAGUUUUUGCAAGGUUUUCGUAAAAUUUUUGUUGUUUGUAGUAGAGAUAGUGUCUUGGUCAUUAUUUGAGGAAAGUUUUAGACAUGCAGAAACUUACUUUCCAGCUUAUUUUUUGAUUUUUCAUAGCUUAACCCUGGCUUAAAUGUAAUGUAUGAGGGCUUGAAAAGUAGACUUAAAAUGGAAAAUGGGUUUAUUUAAGCCUGCAAAAUACGAAAAGAGAAUAAUGUAAAAAUAAAAAUGGCAUAAAAUGACAAAAACGUUAUGUUUCAGAGCCAUGGACAAGAGUUGAAGGCACACCAAUAGCACCAAAUCCAAAUGUGCCUUUCGCUAAGUUGGACAACAAGCCUCUGUUCAAUGGUGAUGGUCGACUAAAUCCAUCAUUGACCAUUCUGGGCUCAAAUGUGCGUGUCAUGCGAGAAUUGGUCAUUUUGAAUACGGUAGUUUUACCGUACAAGGAGUUAUCGACCAGCAAACAUAAUCAGAUCAUUUUGUAA